AGACUCCAGGGCUUCGGGGAAGCGCUCCGCCCAGCUUGGCGCUCCGCCCGGGAGGAGGGGACGCGUGCAGGAGCAGCCCAGACCGGCGGAGGCGGAGGAGACGAUCGCUUGGAAAGUAAGCAGGCGAGGCAGGGCAAAGGGCCGAUUCCUGCUAUGGCGACCAAGCCCAUCCCAGUCUCAAAGCAGAGCAGAGAAAUCGUGGGUGGCAUCCCGACGGAGGUGGUCUGCACCGCCUUUGGAGCCACGAUCUUGGUGGUGGUGACCCAGUAUGGAAAGAUGGGGACGCUGGUCUCGGUGGAGCCUGACGCAGUGCCUGAUGGGAUCAACAGACCUUUGUGGACCACCAAGGUUCUCCUCGGCAAAGAUGAGCCUCUCGUCCACAUCUCCGCCAAGCAUCUGGUCACCUCGGUGUCUCAGGAAGCUGGCAACAGGACUGUUCUACUAGCCAUGGCUCUGAAGGACAAAAGCAUUGAAGGCAUCCGGGCGUUGAAGGAACUCAUCCACCAAUGCCGAGUGUGGUGAUGAUGGGCCGGAAGAAUUCUUUGGAUGCCAGAGAUAUCUGGCUGAGGUUAAUGUUGGUUUGGAUGCAAACUUGAUUGUGUACAUUGGAGUGUCCAACCUUGGCAACCUUAAGUCUUGUGGACUUCAACUCCCAGAAUUCUGGGAGUUGAAGUCCACAGGUCUCAAAAUCAGGUCUUUAAAUCCACAGGUCUUAAAGUUGCCAAGGUUGGACUCUUUUGAUGUACAUGUUCACUUUUUUCUUAUUUUGAACCUUGAUAAUGAACAUUUGUGGGUAAGCUGACACAACGGGUGUCCAUUCAAGUUACACAAACAUUCACAAAUACCUGUUCCAAAACUUGCUGUAACCAUUAAAAACUUUGAGGUUGCACCUACCUAGAAAUUAGCCUCAGCAAAUUUUACAUCAGGUUUUCCUAGUAGUUAAUUGGAUUUUUCUGUGGAAACCCAUGGAAGUUUCAAGAGUUGAACAGGAGGCAGCUUUUUCUCAGCUGCAGUGUUUAACACAUACACACUUCAUUUUUUUCCUUACAUUUCAGUUUUAUAGCACAUAGGAAGUAGUUCAGAUCACAUCUUCCUAUUGAGGGUUUCCUCUCCAUCCUUUCUCAUUCCGAAAACAGCCCGAAUAAAUUCAGAAUAGCUUUGCUACCAUCUUCGGAAACUACGGUUAUUUUGUUUUUGCUUGAGUAAAACAAUAAAGGAAUUGCAAUAUGUUUCCAGUAA